AUGGGUCUCUCCAGUGACAGGCAAACCCAGGCUGGACUCUUUGUCUUAUUUGGGGCCACCUACCUGCUGACCCUGCUGGGCAAUGGGCUCAUCCUGCUCCUGAUCUGGCUGGACGUGAGACUCCACCUGCCCAUGUAUUUCUUCCUCUGCCACCUCUCACUUGUGGACAUCUGCUACACCUCCAGCGGGGUCCCUCAGAUGCUGGUGCACUUCCUCCUGGAGAAGAAGACCAUCUCCUUUGCCCAAUGUGGGACCCAGCUCUUUUUCUCCCUGGCCCUCGGAGGGACUGAGUUUUUGCUGCUAGCCGCAAUGGCCUAUGACCGCUAUGUGGCUGUCUGCGACCCCCUGUGUUACAUAGCAGUGAUGAGGCCAAGGCUCUGCGUGGCACUGGCAGCUGUCUCUUGGCUAGUGGGCCUGGCUAAUUCUGCUAUGGAGACGGCACUGACCAUGCACCUGCCCACCUGUGGGCACAACGUGUUGAACCAUGUGGCCUGUGAGACACUGGCACUGGUCAGGUUGGCCUGCGUGGACGUCACCUUCAAUCAGGUGGUCAUAGUGGCCUCCAGUGUGGUGGUGCUGCUGGUGCCCGGCUGCCUGGUCUCACUGUCCUACACCCACAUCAUAGUUGCCAUCCUGCGGAUCCGCUCCACCCAGGGACGCCGCAAGGCCUUCGGGACCUGUGCCUCCCACCUCACUGUGGUCUCAAUAUCCUAUGGGAUGGCCCUCUUCACCUACAUGCAGCCUCGUUCCAUGGCCUCAGCUGAGCAGGAAAAGGUAGUGGUGCUCUUUUAUACUGUGGCGACCCCCAUGUUGAAUCCUCUCAUAUACAGUCUGCGGAACAAGGAUGUGAAGGCAGCUCUGAGUCGAGUUCUGAUGACAAGCUCUGAAUUAAAACAUUAG